AUGGGUCAAAGGGCCACGAGAGUGGAGAGCCUACUCGACAGCCAGCAACCAGUUACCGGCAGGCGGCAGCCGCACUAUGCCCAGACAACCCAAGCGAAUGGAGCCAAUGAGUUCUCCAACCACGAGCAGGACAUUAUUAGACAGUCCUUCAGCACUGGGAACCACACUUGGAUGAAAGAGUCCCUCCCAGUGGAACUUGGGCCCGAUGCCAUCCAUUUGCUCCGUCGCCAGAAAAUGGAGCGAAAUCGCUUGGCCGAGCCGGUGCCACAGACCUGGUCCAAGAUGACGCAGCUCUGGGGAGGGGGCUACUACCAGGAGUUUGAGUACAUGCCGGAAGAGUACAAGGACAAGAGGGGCCUGCUCCCGAGGCAAGCGGAUCCAGACAAGCGGUCCAAGAUCGCAAACCACGACUGGCGCUACAACUCUCAGGAGAAGAGGCUCAAGCACGAGCCCAUGCUCAACAACCUCAGUGCUGACAAGGAGCAGUACCCAUACCUGGGUGGCGACAAGGAUGCUGAGCUCGAGGCAACGAAGCUGUUCCUUCGCUCGGUGGCCGUCGGCGCCAAGACGACACUGAACAAGUCGCAGGAGAAGUUUCUGCAGUCGAAGCAGUCAGCCAACAUGUCCGCCUGGAUGCAGGACAAAGCUCAGAUGACCUCAGAAAGUUCAUUUCUAGCCGGCCGAGGUAAGGGCCUGGACGACAACUCUCGAAGUAGCCGCAUGACUCUGCCGAUUAUGGUUCAGCGCCUUCAGAGGAAGAUUGACCAAGAUUGGGAGGGAUCGACCGUGGUGGUCAGUGCGACGGAUCAGGACCUGAUCCAAGUCGCUUUCCACAUGCACACGGUGGACUCGGAGCGCGGCGUUGUCGCGUACAUGGGAGUUCUGUCCAAGGACAUUGACCUCCUGGGUACGCUUGGGCUCCGCAAGGUCAGCCAGCUCUGGGGAAUGCAGAGGGAUUUCAGCGACGAGCUUCCCGCAGGAGACGGAGCCGAGCCUGGUGAGCACACCUGGAUGUUCUUCCUGCUGGCUCCAAAGUGGGUCAAGAUGCGGCCCACCGACGCUUACUACACGGUGCAUCCCAGGUCGCAG